AGCGUGGUCCUUUACUUGGUUGAUAAUACGUGAAACUGCCAACACCCUCAGACCCGGUAAACUGUUACGAAAAAUAACCCAGGGCGGUGAGUCUUUAUAUAUUUUUAGUCAACGGUUUAUGGACCACGAGGUAACGGUGAGCCAACAAUAACUUGAAGAAGAGUUUAUAAGGUAAAAAAGAGGACUAUAAACGGAAACCUUAGAUCAUGUCUUACGUGAACUGAGAUCGAUUUGAGAGUCAAAGAACGUCAAGAAAUUGUAUAGUCGAGUGACGCGAUGGGUUUGACAAAACAGUAUUUGAGGUAUGUACCAGCCGGAAAUUUAAAUAUCAUCGCAAGUCCGAGGUGCAAUACCGUAUUUGUAACCUUGGAGGGUCAGGAGGGUAGAUUCGUAGCCGCUGGUGCUUGCGAGCAUGUUAUUAUCUGGGACCUCCGUCUUGGAGAAAAGGCGCAAGUUUUAUUGGGUGAGACUUCAAUUGCCACUCAGCUAGCUGCAUCGCCAAACAAACGACAUCUUGCUGUCGGUUAUGCGGAUGGGGCAGUUAAAACGUUUGAUCUCCGCUCUGGAGAAACGAUCAGCAUAUUUAUUGGACAUCGAUCUGAAGUCACAUCGUUGGCUUAUGAUAACUUAGGCCACCGAGUCGCCUCUGGAUCUAAGGAUACGGACAUUAUAGUUUGGGACAUAGUGGCAGAGACUGGGGUAUGUCGUUUGUCUGGUCAUAAGGGUAGUGUCACCCAAGUAAUGUUCCUAGCAGAACAUGACAUAAUUAUUAGCUCGAGCAAAGAUACCUUUGUUAAAUUCUGGGAUUUGGAUACUCAGCACAAUUUCAAAACACUCGUUGGACACAGAUCAGAGGUCUGGGGCUUGACCCUAGCCAAGGAAGAUAAAUAUUUAAUCACAGGAUCCAAUGAAAACGAAUUGUUUGUAUGGAAGAUAUAUUUUGCUGAUGUCAGCAAGAAUGCAGAUGCUCCUGUAAGCUUACUGACAUUGAAUACAAGCGAAGAAGGAGAUAUAGAUGACGCGAGAUAUCCACUGCGAUGCGAAAAAAUUGGUAGUAUUCUAAGGGUUGGUCGUGGACGAAUAGUUUCUUUGGGUUCCGAUGCCACAAGUCGUGUAAUGGCGUGUCAUGGAACAGAUAACACUGUCGAAAUAUUCCACUUUUUGCCUGACGACCUCGUGCAGACAAGGCUGCUAAAAAGACAAAAAAAGGAAAAACGAAAGGCUGCGAAGGAAGGAAAGCCAGUAGAAGAAAUUGAGACGGACUCAACAUUGUCUUUGAAAAAUGAAAUUAAGCGUCUCCCAGUGAUCAAAGCUUCAAACAAAGCCAAAGGACUUGAUCUGGUUUUGGGCAAAGGAGGAGAACUCAGGAUCUGCAUUUGCGCCAAUAACAACAGUAUUGAACUCCAUUCAGCAACUAUUGGUGACACGGAUAUCGAGUCUAGGCUUCUGAGGUCUCUUACAACCUAUGGUCAUCGGACAGACGUCAGAGCAUUAUGCUUUAGCUCUGAUAACUUAGCUUUAGCCACGGCUAGUGGUGAUUCAGUGAAAUUAUGGAAUAGACCUUCGCUUGCCUGUUUGAGAACAGUAGAAUGUGGUUACGCAUUGACUGCUUGUUUUGCACCUGGGGAUAGGCAUCUAAUUGUUGGAUUGAAGGAUGGCAAAAUGCUGAUAAUUGACAUUGCCGCUGGUGAUAUUCUUGAGGAAAUUCCAGCUCACAGUAAAGAACUGUGGAGUGUCGUUCUCUACCCCGAUAUGAGAGGUGUGGCUAGUGGAGGCGGCGAUGGAACUGUCAAGUUUUGGAACUUUGAGCUGAUUGAAGAUCCUGAGAGCGAGACUAAAGCCAAGCUUCUGUCCGUCCUGCACACUAGAACCCUAAAGCUCGAGGAAAGCGUUUUAGCAAUCAGAAUCAGUCCUGAUAGCAGAUUAAUUGCUGUCGCCUUACUAGAUUCCACCGUGAAGAUUUUCUUUUUGGAUACAUUUAAGUUCUUCGUAUCCUUGUAUGGUCACAAGCUCCCAGUGAUAUGUAUGGACAUAUCAAGUGAUUCUACUCUGAUUGCAACUGGCUCUGCAGAUCGGAAUGUUAAAAUUUGGGGUCUUGACUUUGGGGAUUGUCAUAAAUCGCUAUUCGCUCAUGACGAUUCAGUGACGGGUCUGGCGUUUGUUCCAAAAACACACUACUUUUUCACUUGUGGCAAAGACGGAAAGGUCAAACAGUGGGAUGCAGAUAUUUUUCAAAAAAUUAUCACCUUACAGGGUCACUCAGGUGAAGCCUGGAACUGUGCAGUUUCUCCAAAUGGCAUUUAUGUUUCAUCAUGUGGAUCAGACAAGGUCGUUAGAUUAUAUGAACGUUCUGCAGAGCCUUUAGUUCUGGAAGAUGAAGCUGAAGAGGAGAGAGAAAAGUUGGACAAUGAUUUAGCUACGGGAGAAACAAGUGCGGUUCAGGGCCAGAAGGCGCAAUCAUUGCCUUCCAGGAAAACUGUAAACAGCGAAAAAGCGGCCGAGUUAAUACUAGAAUGUCUGGAAGUAUCUAAACAGUAUGAAGAACAAUUGGCAGAAGUCGUACCUGCGAAUCCUUUACCUCCUGUGCCACCCCUGAUGCAGGCUUAUUCAUGUUCUACUACAGAAGAUUUCCUUUUGGAAACUGUGAAACGCGUUCGAGCAAGUGAGUUGGAGGAAGCUUUGUUGCUUUUACCGUACUCAGCAGUGUGUGAAAUUCUAAAGAUCCUGCCAAAACUUUUAAAAGGGGAUUAUCAGACUGAGCUAGUAUCAAGAUUGACUAUUAGCCUGGUUCACGCUCAUCAUGGGCCGAUUGUGACAAGUAAAGAAUUGUUGACAACGUUGGAGAUGAUAAAAAAACUGAGCUUGGAAAGGAUAACCGCGCUAAGGGAUACAGUCGGAUACAACUUGUAUGGCAUGGCGUACACUCAACGUGCUAUCGAAGAACGUGAGGGUGUCCAGUUGUUCAAAGACGCGACAAAGUCGCGGAAACAGAAAAACAAAGUGAGACGAAACAAGGAGAGGGCCUUGAAAAGGGCAAUUAUGACUCUGUAGUUAAUAUUUCAAUAUUACAUUUUGUACAUAAAUUAAACUCUUGAUCGCAUAUGGACAAGGAUUUAACUGGUUUAUGUCCUUACUAUGAAUCACGUUUUCUUUUAAAAUUUAUAACUUUAAUGUCACUUUUCUUUACCAAAUUGUAAAAAAUAGAUUACUCCUUCGCAUUACCAUGCAAGCUAGUUACUAGAUGUGUAAA